AUGUCUGCUCUCUGUGCCCAGAACCGAGCAGGCCUCCAUUCACCUUUCUUCUCAGAGAACAUCAUGGCAAGUGUGGCUGCAGUUCUGACCUGGGCUCUGGCCCUCCUCUCAGUGCUUUCAAUCACCCAGGCACGGAAAGACUUCUGGGACUACUUCAGCCAGAGCAGCAGGGACAAAGGCAGGGUGGAGCAGAUCCAGCAGCAGAAGCUGGCACGGGAGCCCGCGAGCCUGAAAGACAGACUUGAGCCAGACCUCAGCAAUAUGGACAACUUCCUGGAAAAGCUGGGUCCUCUGAACGGGCAGGGGAGGGCGCCUCCCGGGCUCCCAGACGACCCGGUGGGCAUGCGGCAGCAGCUGCAGGAGGAGCUGGAGGAAGUGAGGGAGCGUCUGGAGCCCUACAUGACGGAGGUGCACGAGCGCGUGGGCUGGAACCUGGAGGGGUUACGGCGGCAGCUGCAGCCCUACACUGUGGAGCUGAUGGAGCAGGUGGCCCUGCGCGUGCAGGAGCUGCAGGAGCAGUUGCGCGUGGUAGGAGAGGGCACCAAGGCCCAGCUGCUGGGGGGCGUGGAAGAGGCGCGGAGCCUGCUGCAGGAGCUGCAGAACCGCGUGGCACACCACACUGGCCGCGUCAAGGCGCUCUUCCACCCGUACGCGGAGCGCCUGGUGACCGGCAUCGGGCACCACGUGCAGGAGCUGCACCGCAGCGUGGCGCCGCACGCGGCCGCCAGCCCAGCGCGCCUCAGCCGCUGCGUGCAGGUGCUCUCGCGCAAGCUCACGCUCAAGGCCAAGGCCCUGCACACGCGCAUCCAGCAGAACCUCGACCAGCUGCGCAAAGAGCUCAGCGCCUUUGCUGGCGCCGGUGCUGACGGUGCGGAGGAAGAGGCCCAGCCGGACCCCCAGGUGCUGUCUCAGGAGGUGCGCCAACGACUCCAGGCUUUCCGCCACGACACCUUCCUGCAGAUUGCCGCCUUCACCCGCGCCAUUGACCAAGAGACCGAGCAGGUCCAGCAGCAGCUGGCGCCUCCUCCGCCAGGCCACAGUGCCUUUGCUCCAGAAUUCCUACAAGGGGACCGAGGCAAGGCCCGGAGCGAGCUGCAGGCCCGCCUCGACGACCUGUGGGAAGACAUCAACUACAGCCUUCGCGACCAUAGUCCUGGCCAUCUGGGGGAGCCCUGAGGGUCUACUUGUCCACGUCCCAGAUUCUUGUCUGGGGAGCCCACUAUCUGAGCUUCUAACAUAGCUAUGUCCUUGACAGUGGCCUGUUGGGCAGAGGGUGGAGGGCCCUGCACAGGAUAGCUGAGGUCACCCAAAGGGCUGUUGUCCUAGGCCAUCCAGCCUCCUGCAAUUCCCCCGUCCGGAUGCAUUACAUUCACCAGGCUUUGCAAA